UUGAAGGCAACGCAGGGAACAGAUUUACUGGGGUAAUAUUCCGAGAUGAGAUCUUUUAUACUAACAGAUUAACUAUGUUCACAUAACUUGGAUCCAGCCUCGGAGUUCAUUAGUGAACGUGGGCGAACACACCACUGGAAAAAAAAAAAAAAAAAACACACACAAAAAAAAAACGGGAAGCUCAGUCGUCAGCUGGCCGGGGAAAAGCCGAUCAACACCACCCGGCUUCCGGGGAUUCAGGGGCCGCAUCGGUUGACGGCAGACGUCGGUCUGUAGCUCGGGGGGGAAGACGGGCGAAUAUUCACAUCAUCGCCGGCAUCCAUCUCUCGAUUUCAGCCACUUUCGAGAUGUCAAGAAAGCUACAAAGAACAGAAGUCUGCGCUGACUGCAGUGCGCCAGAUCCAGGCUGGACCAGUAUCAAUCGAGGGGUCCUGAUCUGCGAUGAAUGCUGUUCGGUCCACCGCAGUUUAGGCCGCCAUAUCUCCAUAGUCAAGCACCUGAGGCACAGCGGAUGGCCUCCCUCCCUACUGCAGAUGGUUCAGACCUUGGCCAGUAACGGGGCCAACUCCAUAUGGGAACACAGUCUCCUGGAUCCUGCUCAGGUGCAGAGUGGCCGUAGGAAACCAAACCCCCAGGACAAAGUGCAUCCCACCAAGUCAGAGUUCAUCAGAGCCAAAUAUCAGAUGCUUGCGUUCGUGCACAAGCUGCCCUGUCGCGAUGAUGACGGCGUCACCACUAAGGAUCUCAGUAAGCAACUUCAUUCGAGUGUGCGGACAGGAAGUUUAGAGACGUGUCUUCGGCUCCUGUCCCUCGGUGCUCAGGCCAACUUCUUCCACCCGGAGAAGGGCACUACCCCGCUUCACGUUGCGGCCAAGGCAGGUCAGAUAUUGCAGGCCGAGCUGCUAGUGGUAUAUGGUGCAGACCCCGGAUCACCUGACAUUAAUGGACGCACACCUAUGGACUACGCUAGGCAGGCGGGCCAUAUAGAGUUAGCAGAGCGUCUGGUAGAGUGUCAGUAUGAGCUGACGGACAGGCUAGCCUUCUACCUUUGCGGUCGGCGUCCAGAUCACAAGAAUGGCCACUAUAUCAUUCCUCAAAUGGCAGACAGAGCUCGUCCUAAGUGCCCGACACAGAGUCUCGACCUCUCAGAACUGGCCAAGGCUGCCAAGAAGAAGCUCCAAGCGCUCAACAAUCGGCUGUUUGAGGAACUAGCGAUGGAUGUCUACGACGAGGUGGAUCGCAGAGAAAACGAUGCAGUGUGGCUUACAACUCAGAACCACAGCACUCUGGUAACAGAACGUAGUGCAGUCCCUUUCCUACCAGUCAAUCCCGAAUACUCUGCAACGCGCAACCAGGGUCGUCAGAAGCUCGCCCGUUUCAACGCCCGGGAGUUUGCUACCCUCAUCAUUGACAUCUUGAGUGACGCCAAAAGGAGACAGCAGGGCAAAGGUCUCAGCCCUACUGACCCGCUGGACCUGGGCAUUGAUGACGACCAGCACGACUACGACAGCGUAGCUUCUGAUGAAGACACAGACAGCGAGCUUACCACACAGAACAACAACAACACACAACGGAGCAACCGUGCAAAGAGCAUGGACUCGUCGGACUUGUCAGAUGGUCCCAUCACCCUGCAAGAGUAUCUGGAGGUGAAGAAGGCUUUGGCCUCCUCAGAAGCUAAGGUGCAGCAGCUGAUGAAGGUUAACAACAACCUGAGUGAGGAGCUCCGGCGGCUCCAGAAGGAGAUCACCCGGAUGCAGACAGAGAACAGUGUGCUACGGGGGGGCCAGCAGGCUGGGGGAACAGCUGGCCAUGGGGUAGGGGGACCUGGUGGAGGAGGAGGUGGGGGAGCAGGAAGUCACUGGCCAGGGGUUGGGAUGCGAGGAGGAGUGGGUGGAUUUGGGCCAGGAGGGGACCCACCGGUGCUUUCGGUGCCCUCCUCGGCCGCCCCCCACUCCCAUCCCCACCGAAGGGAACGCCAGGCCUUCUCAAUGUACGAACCAGGGGCAGCCCCCGGCCCCACGGCCCAUGGUCCCCCAGUCCUGGACUCCCUGGCACCUCGCCUGCAGCCCCUCAACACAGCCAGCGUAAGGAAGGGCAGUACAGGGAGUCCGGCACCGUAUCUGUCUGGAUCUGCAGAGAUGGGUAGAUACAUGGUCCCUAAACCAGAGAAGCACGGCAGUGGCACUGAUAGUGACUACGACAACACACAAAUGUACGACACCUCAGUAAGCAUGGGCCGCAGCAGUGAAGAGGAAGGUCGUGGGGAGCCUGAGGAGGGAGGCGGUGGGGGUGGGGAGGCAGGUGAGCCAGACCCCACCUUACCCUGCACGGAGGAUGUCAUACUGAAGACUGAGCAGGUGACUAAGAACAUCCAGGAGCUGCUCAGGGCCGCUCAGGAGUUCAAACACGACAGUUUUGUACCGUGUUCUGAGAAGAUCCACUCUGCUGUCACAGAGAUGGCUUCACUCUUCCCCAAACGCCCAGCACUGGAUGCGGUCCACUGUUCCCUCCGCCUGUUGGCUUCCAGUGCCUCCCGACUGCAGGUGGAGUGCCGUAAGGCGGCGCCUUCGGAGCCCGGGGCUCCUGCAGUCGACUACCAACUCCUCACUCAGCAGGUCAUCCAGUGCGCUUACGACAUUGCCAAGGCUGCCAAGCAACUGGUCACGAUCACCACUCGUGAGAAGAAACAGUGACCCAACAAAAGAGAGGGAGGAUCAGUGCAUGUGUGGUUUAAGAGGGAUGGGAGGGGCUUCCAGAA